AUGGACACAUCUCGUGAUUUGUCGGAUAUACAUAUUUCCGAUCAAGUACAUAGUGCUCAAGGUUUAUCACGUUUGGUACGGACGUGGAGACUUCUCAGCCAGUUGUUAACCAGAAUCGAGGAUUUACUAUCAGAUAUGAUGACGCCAAUGACUCUUGACCGUGGCAAGCGCAAGGCUUCUGAGGAAUGGGUUUCGGCGGUUGAUCCCCCCCAUCCGAUGAAAAAGGCGAAAACGGAGUCUCCCAGCAAGGAAGAUGAGGAGGACGAGCAGCAGGUUCUCAAACUCGUGCCGUACCCGGAAAAGCCUGCUGUUAUAGAAGAACGGGAUGGAACAAUCGAAUUCCGGGUUGUUAACAAUGAUGGCGAGCGGGAAAGCUUUAUCAUUCUCACCGGUCUCAAAUGCAUAUUUCAGAAGCAGUUACCAAAGAUGCCGAAAGAUUAUAUCGCCAGGCUAGUGUAUGAUAGGACUCAUUUAUCGAUUGCCCUUGUAAAACACCCCUUAGAGGUAGUAGGAGGCAUAACUUAUCGACCUUUUAAAGGAAGGAAAUUCGCAGAGAUUGUGUUUUGUGCCAUAUCCUCCGACCAACAGGUCAAGGGCUAUGGAGCCCACCUAAUGUCACAUUUAAAGGACUAUGUGAAAGCUACUUCGGAUGUUAUGCAUUUCCUCACAUACGCAGAUAACUACGCUACUGGAUAUUUUAAGAAACAGGGAUUCACGAAAGAUAUCUCACUCGAGAAAUCCAUUUGGAUGGGCUAUAUCAAAGACUAUGAGGGAGGCACAAUUAUGCAAUGCACAAUGCUCCCGAAGAUCCGGUAUCUUGAAGCCGGGCGGAUGCUCAUAAAACAAAAGGAAGCUGUCCAUGCAAAAAUCCGAGCCUUUAGCAAAUCGCAUGUUGUCCAUGCACCACCCAAGGAAUGGAAAAAUGGUGCCUAUAAAAUCGACCCUCUAAGUAUCCCCGCGAUUAAGGAAUCUGGAUGGUCGCCGGAUAUGGAUGAGUUAGCCCGUCAGCCCCGCCAUGGUCCGAACUAUAACCAACUACUUCGCCUCCUCAACGACAUGCAGAAUCACACAUCCGCCUGGCCAUUUACUCAACCUGUCAAUGGAGAUGAGGUGCCCGACUAUUACGAAGUGAUAAAAGAACCAAUGGAUCUAUCCACAAUGGAGGAAAAGCACGAGAAGGAUUUGUACCCAACGCCGCAAGACUUCAUCAAAGACGCCAAGUUAAUUUUUGACAAUUGUCGAAAGUACAACAAUGAGAACACCUCGUACGCGAAAAGCGCAAACAAGCUUGAGAAGUUUAUGUGGCAGCAAAUCAGAAAUAUUCCUGAGUGGUCGCACUUGGCGGAUUGACACGAACUGUAAUUUUGAAGAUAGUCCUUCUUGAUAGAUAAAAACAUUCUAGGCCUGAUCUGGUUUGAUUUUUUGAGGCGUUUAUUCUUCUGUCUCAUUUGUAUUGGUAUAGCAAACAUGAAUCUACAACUUACUAUUGACAGU